CUGUGUGUCAGACCGAGCGGAGAGGACAGUAUCCUCGUGCUUCUUCGAGGUUGGGUUGUUGCAGUGAGGGGUGAUUCAAAUUGUUCGCGGUGGCAACAUCUUGAACGUGCCGAAGUCCGAUUAAGUGGAAAGAAGAAUAUUUUUCUGCUAGAUUUACUUCAAAUUAUAAAACAAGAAAGUGAUUCUACCCACAAGAAAGCAAUGGAUAACAUAUCCAAUAGAUUGGAAGGUUUCACAAUCCUCUUUGGUGUUGCUGAGAUAUUUGGUGCUUUGGCUGUCAUUCUAGUGACUGUAUGGCUUGGUUAUUACCAUAAUGGUUUUGCUUGGCGUUCAGCACCUGCAGUGGAAUUUAAUUGGCAUCCAGUACUUAUGACAAUUGGCAUGGUAUUUCUUUACGGAAACUCUAUCAUGGUUUAUCGAGCCUUCCCAAAUCAUAGUAAACGCAGUUUGAAACUAACGCAUGCUAUUAUUCAUGCUGUGGCAUUUUUGCUUGCAAUAAUUGCUCUACAGGCAGUAUUUGAUUCACACAACCUAGCACCCACAAAGAUACCUAAUCUUUAUUCUCUACACAGUUGGAUUGGUCUAAGUGCCAUAAUAUUGUUCGCAUGCCAGUUGUUGGCAGGUCUAGUAACUUUUUUGUAUCCCGGUUUGAAGCAAACAUUCCGAGCUGCCUACAUGCCUGUUCAUGUGUAUUUUGGCAUUUUGGGAUUUGUUUGUGCUGUUGCAUCUUCAAUAAUGGGAAUUUUAGAAAAAAGUAUAUUUAGGAAAGAGUAUUCUUCAUUUGACUCUGAAACAUGGCUCGCAAACUUUCUUGGAGUUGUCCUGCUUAUAUUUGGCAGUUUGGUUGUAUAUUUAGUGACCGAGUCUCGAUACAAAAGGCAACCUCGUCCUGAAGAUGAGAUUCUUCUGACAGGAAAUUUGGAAUGAGUUACUCUAUGCUGCUUGUUAAUAACUCUCUUGAUUCUGAAUUAUUGAGAUAACUGCUGUCAGAUAGAUAUGAUUAAGAGGAUGGGGUUAUUCUGCUUGUUAUUGUUUUAUUGUGGCAUAGUUAGUAGUUUGCAUGGUGAUAUAUUAUUAGAACUAUUAUUAGAUAUAUCAGUAAAAUUAUUACACAUUGAAUUUUGGGGAAAAUUUGCAUAAUUUUUCUUGCUGACAGACUGAUAUUUAUUACUGUGCAUAACUAAGAGAUACAAGCUCAUGUGAUUCGAGAUCAUAUUUGUGUUGUGCUAUAUUUAAUGUUAUUUUAUUUUAAUUUAAUUUAAUUUAAUCUCAAAUAAUUGUUUCAUUGCUUAAAUUGUCAUGUUUGAUCUCUUCAUUUCAUAUAAUGCUUACCUUACCGUAUUAUCAAAUAUAUUUUUGUCAAAUAUAUGUCAAAUAUAUAAUAUAUUUUCUCUAUCAUGUGAAAUGCUAAAUAGUUCUUAUUGUCAAGCGUAUGAAUUCUGCAUUUAAAGAAAGUGAACAUAAAUUUUGGUGACUCAUUAAAUUAGUCAUGUAAAAGUUGUUCAAACACUUAAAAUGUCCCAAACCUUCUUAUCACUGAUAAUCUGCAUCUUUCAAUGGAAAUUACUGUGCAUUGGCGUAAAGAGCAAAGUUGUACCAUAACCUUCAAUGUGCAAUAUUCCUCAGUAGAAGCUUUAGUGAAAAUUAAGUUAAUCUUGGAAGCCUGUUUUCCCAGAAUGAAACACGUGAAGUAUGCCUAUUUUCUUUGGAAAAUCAAAUUUUUUUCACUUUAUGCUCAUCCAUCUACUAGUACACGAUUUUCACUCUGCCUUCUUAGUAAUCUUUUCUUGUGAAUCAAAUUUUGAGUGAUUUAAAGUGAUAAUUUUCAGAAAUCAUAUUGUGAAUCUCACAUGUUCCAUGAAAUGCUGAAGUUAUUUUCCUUUGCUGGGUUUCUUAUGUUUGAAACUGACAUAUUGCAAAAAAGUCUUUGUUAGAGAAAUGUCCACUAUUCCAUAUUCAGUUACACAGAAAUGCAUACUUGGAAAUUGAGAUUAGACAUUUUCAAUAUCUAAUUUCACCAUCAAGAACUGCUUCUAGGAAAGAAAAAUCCCAAGUAGUUAUGUCAUAUAAAUUCAGAUUCCAAAUAUUCAUGCUUUACUUGGAAGAUAGUUGAUCAAACGAAGUGCAUGAUGUUCUUAUGAACUUGGUUUUUUUUUAUAUUACACAUCUGAUCUCUCCAAUUCUGUUUUCAAGGCGUGUGCAUUGAUUCUCCCUGUUGUCACUUUUUCUUCUCUUCAUUCCUUGCAUAUUUUACAAAGAUGGAAUUUAAUUGGAAUUCAGUAGUUUUAAUUAAACAUUUUAAUAUAAAAAACACGGUAGAUUUUUAUUCCUUAAUACCAACUGGAUUAGAAAUUUUCAACUUUGUACCUAUUCAUUAAUUUCAAUUUUUAAGUGAUUUUUAAUCAAUACAUGAUCACGAUUUCAAUGUAAAAACAUUGUAUGGUACUUAGUAGUCAAUGGCAUGUUAUGAUAAAAUGUAUGUAAUGAAAAUGCUUUAUAUACAAUGAACAUUAUAUGCAAAGCAACUUCAUAGGAUCAAAAUUAAAUAAGGGAAUACAUUGUUACAACUGUUCUUCUGUCCUCCCAUGCCCAUUAAAUUCAGAAAGCCAUCUCAAAUUGUGGCGCAUAGUGAAAAUAACAGCUUCAUGUUAAUUAGUUCAAGAUAUGUGUUUGUCUAUAGAGCAGUGAAGAAAAGUAUAUUAUGAAUGCAGUUAAUGUCUUUUUUUAUUUUAUUGACUUACCCUAUUAAACAACAUAUAAUACGUAUUACACUGAAGUUGCGGGCUGUUUUUUUUCUUCUUUAGAAAAAUACAAAGUAUGUUCAAAUUUUUAAAACAUAUUUCAAUAUCAAGCCCUUUAAUUUUAUUUUCUAUGCAGAUAUGCAUGGUACAUUCAAAGAAUUAUACAUUUUUGAUUAUAAUAAAAGAAAUGGAAUUGUCACAAUUUGAAUGUUGUUAAUUUUUGUUGAAUUUUGCUGAACCUCAAAAUAUUGCUAAUAUCAAGUUUAUUAUUUACAUAAUACUUGUUACACAAAAAAUAUUUUGAGAAAUAUGCUUUUACAAUGUCAGCAGUUAAGAUUUGAUUAUUGUAUAAGGUUAUUACGUAUCAUAUUUUGUGGAUAGUCCUGUUGAUAUGUUGUGUUAUGUGUAUUAACUGAGUAGCUCCUCUGUUAAAUGUUUUGUAAUUAAUGCAUUCUGCUUGCAUACAAUACUUCCACUGAAAUGACUUAAAACAUUCUAGUUGAUUCUAGAUGUCAAGGAGACAAAUAAUUUCUAUUCACUUCAUACAGGAAAUAACAACUCUAAAUGCCUGCAUGCUACUAUUGUACCAUGUUUGGGAAUCAAUGGCUUUAGUGGUUCUUUGCUGGAAAAAGUGAGCCUAAAUCCGGCAAAAAUCUUCUGUUGUUAGUGAGAAAAUACAACUUCCAUGAAAUUACCUUAUAUACAUGUUAACACCAUUGUUACGAUUUAUUAAUUUUUCUUGGAAAAGGUAUUACGUUUUUGCCAGUUAUAGGAUAUACACUUAUUGAAUAUAGCAUUGUGACAAUAAAAUGUUAUGUUUCACUUUCACAUGCAUAGGUUGCGUAAUUGGCGUAGAAUAAUCAUUUUUGAAGAAUAUAUUUAAUUAGUGAGAAGUACGUACUGAAUUGCAAAUGUAAACAAAGCUUCAAGAAAUUUACUUAAUGAUUUGAACGCUAAGUUAUUCCAAAUAAUAGUAGUUGCAUCAUAUAAUUUGUACUUUUAUUUUCAUGAAAUGCCUUUGAUUAUAAAAAGUAUGUAGCACAAUUGCCAUACAUCAUCACACAGCUAUUUACAUUUUUUAAUAUUUUAUCGGAGCAAUAUUAUGAAAUAUUUAAAUCAUAAUUUUAUGAUCUUGCUGCAAACUUAAUUGCCAAUUGAUAUUCAAUCAGCAGAUGAACUGAAGACCAUAUAAAGUUCUCAAUUAUAAUUAUUUCAUUUUAGAAUCUAAAUUUUCCGUUUACAUUACUUCAUAUUUAUUAGCUAACAAAAUUCCAUUACAAAACUUAACAUUUGAAUGAGGAUAUGCAUCUUUAAAAGACAUGUACAAUGUGAAGUAUUCUUGCACAUGCCUGACCUUGAAUGAACCAAAGGCAUUAUUAAUGAUAAAAUAUAAUUUGAAAAUAAUUAUUUAAAAAAAAAUUGGUGUUCGAUUCUUAAAUUGUCAUUUUAUAUGGCAGUACUACAGUAUUGUUUUGCGCACAUUUUUCCUUGUUCUGGGAAUAUUGAUAAAUGAAAGUUGUUUUCAGUAUUAAGUUGUCUUCUUGUAUUCAUUGUGGGUAUGUAACUUAAGGCCUCUAUGAUGUAUUACCAAUGUUUAUUUUUUCUAUGUAGAAUGAAACUGAAAAAAGCAAGAAACGUUGACAUAUGUAUAUGUGCGCAUAGGUAUAGUCCCAUAUUUGUAUGAGAAAAACUUGCCUAAUAAACUAUGUAUUUGUGUUAUCAUGAAUGUCCAAAUCUCCAUUAUUUUUCUCAUUAUACUAAUGUGUUUUGUAGUAAAUUAUACAAUAAUGAUAAACGAAAAAAUCAGUUCCCUAGAGUCUUACAUUAAUUAUUUUGAAAUGUUACUACAAUAAAAAACGUUAGGCACAUCACUAAAAUAACUCCACUCAUUGCAUUUUUCUCAGAUAUUUAUUUCAUACUUCAUAUCCCAUUAAAAAAAUAUAUCACCACAGUAGAAUUCCACUUAAAGGUUUCAUUUCAAAAUAACAAACACCUUUCAGUGGAAUUUGAUUCUAAUACUUGUUUACUCCAGUAUUAAAUGCCAGGUAUCUUAACAAACUAGGGAGCACAGGUAUGUCGCAAAUUUUGACACAAUCCUGCUUUAAUGCAUUGCACACACAUUAUCCAUUAUAUUUCACAUGACUACAUUCAAGCAAACAAAAAUGAGAAAAUAUAAAUUUCAAAAUGAGCAUGGCAUUUACAAAAAAUUCAGCAUACAACUGAAGCUACUCUUGAUACUGUAUACGAGUGCAAGAAUGAAAUCUUUUCUUUUAUGAAGUACAUACAAAUCUGCAUUUAUACUACGUGUAGGAACAACUAACACAAGGUUCAAUCUGCUUUUCAUACACCUUUAAUGAAUGUGUUUGCCUGUGAAUUUACCUACCAUGAAGCAACAAACAUGUAGUUCACUUUUAAUUGACAAAAACAAUAAACAAUUGUACUGUAUGAUCUGACAGAAAACCACACUUUUUAUAAUACAUAUGAAAUCAACUUUCUGAAUACUGAUAUUUCAAGAAAUGCUAUGAAAAACACAGGAAUUUAUUCAUACAUUAAGUGAUUAUUUAUAAUAAAUUAUGUAAAUAAUAAAUACAACAAGGAAAAUAAAAUAAAAAUAAAAUUUACAUAGAUCAUCAAAAUGUGAAUAAUUUAAAAACCAAAUUUCACCAAAUGUUCACAAUUUUACAUCAUUUACACAUGUAUCACAUUGCCAGCAAUGUGAUGAAGUUUUAUGCUUAUCACAUUUGUUUUAAAAUCAAAUACAGGGUGAUCUGUUCAGUCAUCACAAGAAUUAAUACAAGAGAGUUAUGCAUCACAUUCAAACACACAAUGUAAGUCUACACACUACAAAAACAAUUGCCAGUAAUUUCAAUAAAACUAUGAAAUGUACAUUAAAUCACAGGAAGACAAAUGUUUUUGUUUAUACAACUCAAUAUGCUGUUUUAAAAGUAUUUUAUUGUUGUGGGCAAAGUUUUCAUACCUGCCAUUCACCCAGAAACUCACAAACACAUGUAUGCACACAUUUUCUUUGAUUCAUGCACAGAUCACCCUGUAUGAUAACAGCAAUCUUGUACAUUGCACAUUCCAAGAAGUACUACAAUGUCCUUUGUCAGAAAACAACAAAUAAUUUAUUAACUAGGCCAUUUUUCUGCCCACUGAACAAAAAUAAUUUCAAGUGGAAAUUUUUAUUCAAAAUCUAUAAAAUACUAACAUUCUUAUAUUUCAAAGAAAUGUUUCAUCUUCCAUACUAGUUAUACUCAUCAAUAAGAUAUUUUUGAAUUUAGACAAUUACAGAAGCACAAAACAAAUGUGGAUAAUUAAUACUGAAAUAUUUACAAGAAUUUGUCAAUCAUUCUGAAGUAUUCAACAUCAAAACACAACCUUUAUAACGAAGUUAUGAUUAUACCAGAAUUGAUCCUGAACUAUACAAAAGCAAGAAAAUAUUUGAUGCACUAAAAGAAAAAUGGCAGACAAUGAAAGGGAAUCAGGUUGGAUAUUAUGUAGAUAACAAGGGACCUUGUUUAAAUGUGAUGAUACAAAGUUAUACAGAUUUAUUAGUUUGGCAGUUUUACUUAAGGUAAGACCUUGAGAAUUCAUUUAUGCCAUUUUCAAAUGAAUCAGCAAUGAAACUGAAUAAAAAAUAUCCAAAAUAGGUCAAAUCACAAAAUACUUGAUCCUAUUAAUGUUACUUUCCAAAACUGUGAUUGAUACAUAUACAAAAGAUUAGUACCUAAAUAAAAAGGCAAGGCCCUUAAUAAAACACAAAACACUUUACUGACAAGUUAUCUGCCUUUCCCAAACAGGGAAACUAAGAAAAUGCAAUUGCAAAUCCGAAGUUUAUUUAUCCUUGGUAUACAAUUUGGGGUCCACAAUAAAAUGGAAAUUGAAAGACAAAGAAUAGUAAGAUUUUCCCCCUACUUUUUGAUUUAAAAAAAAAAAAA